GCAUUAUAAGGAAUGGUAAAGUGGCCAAGUGCAUAAAGAAGCCGAGACACACCUUCCAGCAAAAAUAUCGGCAUCAUGUCCCACACGGGAGGUAAAAGAAGUGCGACUGACUUUGGGUUUUUGAUGAUGCCUACCAGUGAGCAUAGCUAGAAACAGACAUGAAUCCUUCCAGUGAGCUUAGCUUAAGAACAGGCAUGAACUUGUGACUGUUGCUAGAAAUGUACAUGAAUCCUAUUUGUGAGUGUAGCUUCGCUCGCGAAGCUCACUGGUAGGGUUCAUGCCCGUUUCUUAUAUUUUUCACUUUAUCGAUAAGUUUGCUGACUACUGUGACUUGUCCAGCAGUAGUCUUUACUAAAAUUUAGCUGGCCUUGAUAUUUAAUGGACUGACACCUUCACCAUUGAAGGCAUCUGUCUAAAUAAUCUCUGAGCGGAGAUUAGUCCAGCACCUGUUAGAUAAGGGUGCUUCGAUCCCUUCACUAUGUGCAAGUAAAAUCAUGAUAAAACCUUAUUGAUGUGUGGAGUUAAAUUGGUGAUGUUCCAAAGUAAUUAUUACAAUUAGAUAAUUAAAACAUAUAAUCAAUGUUUUUUGUAAUUUUAUAUAUGCUGUUUUCAACUAAAUUAGAUAUUGAUUCUUUGGAAAAAGGCUCAUGAAGAUAUAUACCAUUAAAGAUUUGACCUCUUUUAAUAAGGCAAAUAUAAAGACCACACAAAGUAGAUAUGCUCUGUGUAGAUAUUAAAUAUAACCAUCAAUUAAACAUCUUGAUUCUUAUUGUCCGCAACAUGAAACAUUUGAAGAAAAUGUGACGAGAAAACUGCUUGCAACUUAGGGGCCGCUGCAUCAACCUUCCAAUUUGCAUUAAUAAUACUUUUUGGCAUUUUCUUCUCCACAUCCAUUGUGGAUAUUUAUCUUUCAAAGACAAAUUAAUGGUAGAAAAUUGGAUUGUGUUCUCCAGUGAACUUGAUGUUUUUUGAAUUUCUUUAAUAUGCAUUUUUCAUUACUCUUUGAAUUGAUAAAUGACAAACUAAGUGAUUUCCUGAAAAUUUUAAUUUAAGGGUCUUGAGUACCAUGUUUUCAAUAGUAAUACAAUGUGAUAUUUGGAGACACUGCUAAUCUGUGUUAGGAAGAGACAGCUCGCUAAUAAUGGACAUCUCCCCCUGAUACAGAUGUUUUUUAGUAAUAUAUUAACUGAAUAAAAAUUAUUAAUCUUAUUUUUUGCAGAUGCUGUAUUAUGAUAAUGUGUAAUUAGACUUGCAGUGUUAAUUGGAUACCAGAAGAGUACUUAUACACCUUACUUUUGAGGUAGAGAUUCUUACAAUAUGGCUGAGAGACAACCUGAGACUUCUCCACAGGAGGAAAACACCCCUCUGCUUGACCAGUACAUUGAUUGUGCUAAGAAAUUCAUAGACCUUGCCAAAGAUCUCGGCCAUAUUAAGGGAGCUAACAAGCUGCAGAGAAUGUGUAAAUCGGAACUGAAGUACUUGCAGUCGUUGAGAACCAGUCCAGCAGAUGUUAGUGGAAACCAUUUAAAGAGCAGCAACCUUAGUCACUACACAGGGUGUCUCCAUGCUGCUUACAACGCCCCCCAAGUAACUCAGAUCCUCUCCCCAUUCUCAUUGGAGGGACGGACAGAAAACCUUGUUGUGGAUGUUGUCGCCAAUCAAGGUUACACCUGGAUCAAGGUCAUUGCCAGGAAAGCUCAGGCCUUGCACCUGGUUUGGGCAGGCAGAGGUCAGUUUGGGGAGAGGGAUCUGGUCAAACAAGCCAGGGACUACAUUCAUUGUGCUGACCAUCACCCUGUCCAUUUCCAGAAACCCAAAGUCCACUUCGCAUUUUACAAUCAGGUAACACACCCUAUGGCGGUUUGUCUGGAGAGACUGGGGAUUUCUGUGUCAGGUGAAAGGGUACCUGUAGAUGAUGCAACGACAAAUCAGAUCAGUUUGGCCUGUGUUUCCUCAGACGAAGACAGUGAGGCUUCAGAUUCAGACAGUGAAGACUACCGGGGCAAUAGAACAGACUUAGGUCAAGAUGGCUUCUCGCCCAGUUCUGGAGGAAGAUUUGCAGCUGAUAAAACUUCACUGAAAUCGUGUAGUGAUCUCAACUGUGAUAUUUCAACGAGUUUCAUCACACAGUCCAAAUCCGAUUGUGUUUUCUCUGAAAUGAAUUUAUUGCAUACUUUAAUAUUCUCUUUGCCAAGUUUUGUGUGUUUAUCAGACAAGGCAAGUGGUUAUUCAGAAGUGGGCAUAGAGAGAGUCAAUCUGGACAUCACAACCUUGAUCACACUUGUGUCGUCUGUCACUCACGAUGGCUGCCAUUUUGAGUUUUCUGAGAAAAUCUUGGCACUACAAGCUGCAGAGGAAAGGCAGGAGCCAGUUCUUCCGAAGCUUAAGAAGUUUCUUCAAGGAAAGGUGAUGUAUGUGUGUCGUACAGCUCUGGAAGAUUUCCGAUCUAUUCUGGACACACUCGGUGGGCUCAAGGAAAAGGAACGCGCAGAAAAACUCCUUUCCCAAGUGACCAUUGUUGAUGAUGACCCUUCAGACAGGACAAUGGAAAUGCCGUAUUCCCUUAGAAUUAAGGAGAGGUCAAAAAUAAUUUUUGGGACAGGGGACAAACUUAGAGCUGUAACAGUGACGGCCAAUUCCAGUUUUGUGAGAGCUGCUCAGCAUCAGGGUGUGUCAUAUGCGGUGUACCUUCAUCCAUCAAGAGCUUUAACUGAGGAGAAAGAGAAGAGUGCUGUCCCUUUCUCUCCCACUGACUGAGAACAUGCACUGCCAUUAUUAAUCAAUUCAUGGCAUUAAUUAGUCCAGCAGUCACUGAUACUAAGGGAUGGACAAGGAUUUGUUAUUUUUGUUGAAGACUUCUGACAUCAUUAUUUAUAAAGCGCUGUAGAGUUUAUUAAAUGUAUAGUCCUGGG